UAGAAAUAUUAAGUAUUAUUAGCCAGUUGACAUUCUACAUUAGGUUUUCUUUCUAUAAAUAAUUCAAAUAACAAUAAAUAUUAUUUCUAUGUUUUCUCUACUAUGGAUUGAACGGUAGUUCAAAAGUAUGAAACUUUUGCAAAUCAUUCAAAACCCGAUUUUUUUAUUGAAAUGGCAUCAAAAACAAUCUAUGAAUCAGCUUACAACGGGGAUUACGAUUAUGUUAAAUCCAAACUGGACGAAGAACCAUCACUGUUAACAAAGCUUGACGAAAGUAAACGCACAUUGCUACAUUGGACCUCCGUGGGAGGCAACUUCAAAUUACUUACGCAUUUAAUUGAAUUGGGGUCGCCGAUUGACACCCCAGAUGAUACAGGUACAACGCCUAUUAUACUAGCCAGCUCUGCUGGACAUGAAGAAAUUACCAAUUUGCUUUUGGAAAAGGGGGUUAAUGUUAACAACAAGACAAGCACAGGACAUUCUGCUCUUCAAUAUGCUGCCUCUAAAGGCUGGACAAAAAUCUGUGUUUUGUUAUUAGAACAUGGAGCUGACAUUAACAUUGUUGAUAACAGAGGAAGUACUCCCCUUCAUAGAGCUGCUUCAAAGGGAAACAUUUCAAUUGUCCACAUAUUAUUAGAAUACAAGGAUAAAUUAAAAUUGAAUAACAGAGAUGUUGAUGGUAAUACAGCUUUACAUUUAGCCUGUGAGGAAGAUCAACAAGAUAUAGCUCUAUUGCUAGUCAAAAAUGGUGCUGACAUCACUUUAAACAACAAAGAAAAGAAAACUGCUUUAGAUUAUUGCUCGCCAAAAUUAUUAAGACUUAUUAAAGCUGAGAAGGGUGAUUAAAUUCUUGUAAAAAAAUUUUACCAAUAAAUUUAAGUUUUCUCAUUUUUAAA